AGCAGGUGGACGCGCUACUUGCUUUGGUUGUUCAACUCGACCUCGCCCAUUCCGUUUCACAUCUCACCAUUGUCCUUGCCACCACUCACCAAUCCUCGCGCACAAUGGCCGCCUCGCCCCAGAUCCAAGCCUUCAUCACCAAGCUCUACGCCGUGUCCGACGUCGGCCCGGAGGCGAAAGCGACCAGCCACGACGACUACGCCGACCUCUUCACGCCCGACGCGGUGCUCAUCAUGGGGCAGAACACGUUCGAGUACCGUGCUGGCAUCCUCGCGUUCCGUGCGGCUGGGUGGAGCAAGGUCGCCAAGCGCAAGCAUGUCUGCCAGGGCAUCUACACCAACGGCAAGCCGAACGAGGUCAUGACCUAUGGCACGCUCGACUACGGGAACAAGGACGGCUCGAGCACGCUGGGCAUUAGCUGGUCCGGCCGGCUGGAGCUGGUCGAGGUCGAGGGAGAGCUCAAGAUUGCGUUUUACCAGGUCUGGAUUCCCAUCCUCGCAAUGACAGUCCCUCCCGAAGCCCAAUCCCUCAUUGCCAAGCUCUUCGCCGCAUCCGACAUCGGCCCAGCGGCCAGUGCCUCCUCGCACGGGGACUACGCCGACCUGUUCACGCCCGACGCGACAGUGGUCAUGGGCCAGAACACUUUCGAGCACCGCGCAGGCAUCCUUGCGCUGCGCGAGGCGGCGUGGGCCACGAUCACGACGCGCCACCACGUAUGUGAGGGCGUCUUUGUCUCCGACCGGCCGGACCAGUACAUGGCCCAUGGGAGCGUCGAGUACGGGUACAAGGACGGCACGCGCACGCUCGGCCAUUGGGCGGUGCGGCUUGUUCUUGUUGACCUUGCGGGGGAGCUCAAGAUCGCGUACUACAGGGUUUGGCUGACGUUGCCCAAGGACUAG